UGUGUAUUUAAGGUCAAAAAGAAAAACUCCGCUUUCUGAAGAGAGUUCAAUUUGUAAAAAAAUCAUCAUGCUUCUAUGCUCGAAACUAACUAAUGUGACGACACAUUAUUUGUCCAUAAUUCACCAUAAGUGAAAUUGCCUUGCACUUUUUACUUCACCUAUAUAUAUAUUAAGUUGCUGAUGUCAUCAACCAAAACUUUUGGUGCCCGAAUCAAAUUAAGAAGUGGACUUAUCAGUUGACAUGUUGAUGUAUAAUUUCAAAGUUCGACUACUUUUGUGGUGGAUGAAAGUUAAUCUCGGUUCCAAACUUCCUUAGCGCUACCUUACUUGUACUAAAAAAGUUAUUUUUUAAGAGAUUUGUUAUAAAACAAAAUGGAACACUGAUUUUUGUGUGAAGCAAGUGUUGUUUAGUAUAUAGGACUGUCAAGAUUCAAGGAAAGAUUUCAGUAUACAAUUUAGUGCUAUAGUGAAUAAACUGUGUUCAGACAUGCACUUCGUAACGCGGCGAAACAUUUUCCUCUUCAACAUCUUACUAUGGCUUAACAAAAGAACAUUUUCAACUGGUUCAACUCAAGCUGCAGAUCAUAAUUGGGACAAGUUCAAGCCUGGUGAGUGCUACAGUAAUGACACGUACAUCGAAUGCGAGCUACGCGACGAUGAUGCUCGAGUGUUUGAGAAAAACUUGUGGGGUCGUAUGAAAUCGAAUUGUCAAAAGAAAGUCAAUGCUAUUGCGCUAUUCGAAGACAAAAUGCCAAAAAACGAGGAAUACAAUCCUAUUACAUUAUUUAAAAUUGAAUGCUUUCAACUACCAGAUAUAAUGAAUCGAGAUGAUAUAGCCUAUAAGGCUAUCGUCCACUACUCAAAUCAAACAUUUGGCAAAGUCCGUCAAUCUUCAGAUGGCAUACAUAGGCUGCGCUUAAUUUACAGCGCGCACGACUUGAAAUUACCGGCGAAGCUUUUUCAGGACUCUGAGGAUAUGACACACGUGUCUAUUAUGAUAUCAGGUACAGCUAAGAGUGGAGACUUCUAUGAGAAUUUAUUCGCGCAUGUGGAGAAUUUAGAAAUGAUCGAAAUUCAUGUGUUUGGUACCAGCAAAGCCUUAACAUUUAAGUCUGUCAAUGUGUUGUAUCCGAUAAAAUAUCUCGAUUUAUCCCUCAACCAAAUUGAGGUAUUACCAGUUGAUAUGUUUGCCACAUUUCCGGAACUCAACUGUUUGCAUUUAAGAGCUAAUAUGUUGAAAACUUUACCGAUUAAUGCGUUCGAAAAACAGCAGAAGUUGUUAAUACUUGAUCUGAGUUAUAAUUCCUUAGACCAUCUACCGGCGGGCAUAUUCAAACACGCACCUCUCCUGUGGCAAUUGAUACUUGCUGAGAACAGCUUUCUCACGCCGACAAGCAUCAUUGAUAAUAUUAGCGGAUUGCGUUACUUAUACAAACUGGACUUAUCCGGUAAUGAACUCACGACGCCACAUGGGGACGUCAGUGUCGGGCAUAAAACGAUGUUCAGCAGCUUUAAAGUACGAGUUGCAAGCGACUCGUUUGUGGAGUUGAUGCCUAAUUUAAGUAUUAUUUAUGCACAAUUUGACACUCAAAUAGUUAGUACCAAAGAAAUCAAUUUGAACAACAAUCGCUUUACAUAUUUCGAUAUGGCGUGGUUGCAGGAAGCACAGUUAGGAUGCGACUUUGUAAUUGAUCUGUCUUACAAUGCCAUUAAACAUAUAAAUAUCACAACAGCAAUAUUCAAUACAACGAAGAGUUGCGGAACAACCAUAGAACUUGAAAACAAUCCACUUGAGUGCGAUUGCAAAUUGACUUGGUUGGCGAAUAACAACUAUCUGAAAAAUCCAUUUAAUUUGCAAUGCAUCGUAACACCGUUUGAGAAUUCCGCAGUCACACAUUUACAGCGCAGUGAGACCUGCGAUUGGCUGCCAGCAUUAUGUCCCGUUGAGUGUGUUUGUCGCUUAGACGCUGAGGCGCUGCUUAUAAAUUGCGAAGGAGCUGCGCUGAAUGAGCUCCCACACUUGCCACGACCGGAGCCUUUUGCACGGAAGCUUUCAAUGCUCUCACUCAGUCAUAAUAAUUUGCAUCAACUGCCAUCGAAUGUGACGAUCGGCUAUGCGAAUGUGACGCAUCUCAAUGCCUCGCACAAUCAGCUCCUCACACUACGACCAACGGAACUGCCAGCCAAACUGGUGGUGCUGGAUGUGCGUCAUAAUCGCUUGGAGCAUUUGAGCAAGGAGUUCUUUUCGAUAUACCUCAAUGAGAGUGGAACACUGCAGCAAUUAUAUCUCGCUGGUAAUCCGUGGAAAUGUGACUGCAGCGCUGGGUUACUGUUAUAUGCUGUACGCACGCAGCGUAAACGUAUUGCGGAUGUUGAUGCGAUGAUAUGCAAAAAUUUACCAAAUGCCCUUAUGAGAGAUAUAAAAUUUUCCGAUAUUUGCGGAACGUCUCAUAUCGCCACCAUUGUAACAACCUGUUUUGGCGCGUUGAUUAUUGCAAUACUUUUUAUUUUCGCAUUGUAUUAUAAAUUCCGCAAGCAAGUUAACGCCUGGUUGUAUUAUCAUAAAGUCUGUUUGUGCUGCAUCAAUGAGGAGGAAUUGGAUAAGGAUAAAACGUUCGACGCCUUCAUCUCCUACGCGCAUAAAGAUGAGCAUUUCGUCAAUCAAAUGCUGCUGCCACAACUGGAACAAGGCGAACCGCCAUUUCGCAUUUGCACUCACGAACGUAACUGGCUUGCCGGCGCUUAUAUUCCCGAACAAAUUGUCGAGUCGGUCUCACAGUCGUGUCGCACGAUCAUUAUACUCUCACAGCAUUUCAUCGAAUCCGACUGGGGGCGCAUGGAGUUUCGCACAGCGCAUCAAUGCUCCUUGAAUGAGGGACGUGCGCGUAUAAUUAUAAUAAAAUAUGGUGAAAUUAGUUGCACCGAACUAUUGGAUGAAGAGCUGAAAGCCUAUUUGGAUGCAAACACCUACUUGGAUUGGACCGAUCCGACAUUCUGGAAGAAAUUACGUUACGCAAUGCCACAUAGGAAGGGCGAGAGUCGUAGAGCAGGUAUGCUGGAGUUGAAUAAGCGUGUUUAUGUCAUCGGAGAUGUUGAGAGGAAUAAUUGGCGUGGAGAACGAAAUUAAGUUCUCGGCAUAUGUGUUCGCUGUGCGGAAUAAUCUUUCAUAUUGUUUUUGGUACGUUUUAACACAGUGCUUUCUAGUACGCCGUUUUAAUUUGUAUGUAAUAUGAAUUCACCUCUGUCUGAAAUAAAAUGUCUUUCCAUUCGUGGUUGUUCAAGAGAGAUUUUUAGACGAACACAAGCUAUUUUCCUUUUCUCACCACA